AUGUAUCCUCUCACAACACUAGCCUCAGUCCUUGCUAUUGCAGGCGCCGUUACUGCUACCCUUGAGCCUGCUCAGAGCAAUACCAAGGGCAAAUACUCCAAGAGCCCAUCAUGCUCUCCCUCCAAGACCUCCAACGCCAUCCAGGCCGCUGAAUGCGCCUACAACACCCGUGUCUCUGGCCAGCAGACCUUUGCUAUCUUCAAGGUCGAUCACCAAUAUGAUGCCAACAACGGUGCUCCCUACGGUACUUGUGAAGCUUACGAAUGCGAUGCUCCUACUUCUGACGAGCUCACUGCUGAUGCGGAUUACUGGACUUUUUUCUGGAAGUAA